AGGCCACCUGAAUGACCUUGAAAAUAUUGUCCCGUUCUUUGGCAUUGGACUGCUGUACGCCCUCAGUGGCCCUGAGCUGUCCACAGCCUUGCUGCAUUUCAGGAUCUUCGCUGGGUCUCGGAUUCUUCACACUUUUGCCUACUUGAUCCCCCUUCCCCAGCCCGGCAGAGGUUUGUCUUGGGCAGUUGGGUACACGGUGACCAUUUCGAUGGCCUACAAAGUGCUGAAGACGGCGUUGUACCUGUAG